AUGGCAUCCCUAGACCACAGGAUAUUUAAAAUAAGUGAAAUGGAAUCAAUAGAGAUUGUUCCUAAAUUAGAAGUCGCAAAUAUUUGUCAUGAACACCAAAAUGAAAAAGUACAGCUAUAUUGUCAUGACCACGAGCAGUCAUGUUGCGCACUGUGUGGAGGUACAGAACAUAGGAAAUGUGAGAAGGUUGAUACCUUAGAGAAUGCUGUAAGAUUCUUGAAAGAGAGCGGAGAGAUGGAUUCCAUUCUGAACAAAAUAAAGACAUUUAAAAAGAGAUUACUAAAUGCAAAAACCAGACAGGAGAAAAAUGUAUCCGAGAUUGAAAGUACGGUAGAUGAAAAUAUCGCAAAAAAUGAGAAAAUAUUUUUAGAUUUGGCAGAACGCUUAGAUAAAAUGAAAACAGUUUACACAGAUGAAAUGUGUUCAAAUUUGAAGAAAGGCAAAGCAAAGCUGCAAAGUGGGAUAGAAAAGUUCGAAGACGCAUUACUCUAUGUCAGUUACUGUGAGUCAGGUAUUGAACAGGCAAAAGGUUCAGAAAAUUUAAGCGAGGCAAUGGUCAAGUUUAUCACAGCUAAAGAAAAAUUUCAAAAAAUAAGUAAUCUUGAGUUUAAAGAAAUGUACUUAAAAAUAUGUGCAGUCGAAUCGCCAAGCUGGAGAAAAUUCAUGGAGUUAAAAAAUAUUGCUGAGGUAGAAUAUGUUGAAUCCUUCCGUCCCCUCGAUUUCGACAUAAGAAAUAUAGAGCUAACAAAGUGUAAGGAAAUCCCCAUAAAAGAUGGCAUGGUGUAUAACGGUUUAUUCCUACCUGAAAAACGAUUUCUGAUUAUUGAUUACAAGCAUAAUGGACCAUGCUUGAUGUAUGACGAGAACUGGGAAAGCAUUCAUGUCAAUGAUAGUUUGGGUAAACCCUAUGAUGCUACUAGAAUCAGGGACGAACUUUAUAUUACAGAUGUGAGCGCGAAAACCAUUGAGGUAUUUGCUCUAGCUGACUUUCAGAAACUCAGAAGCAUUGAUAUGCAUCACCCGAUUUAUGGAAUAACGAACUUGAAUGACAUCUUGUAUAUUGCAUGCGGCGACAAAAUAUUGAAAGUCGACGACAGUGGACACGUUUUACAGAACUAUGAUCUAGAUGGUCUAAAUACUGACCACAUCAUUACAACCAAUAGUGGGCUGAUCGUAUACAGUAACUGGUGCCUAGACGCAGUGACAGCGAUGUGUGAUGAAGGACAAGUUGUGUGGGAAUACAGGAGUCCGGAUCUAAAGUAUCCACAAGAAUUGGAGACUGACUCCUGCGAAAAUCUAUACGUAACCGGCGCACACAGCCAUAAUGUACAUGUUUUGUCAAGCUCGGGAGACAAAAUAAGGAUAAUAGAAGAUAUUCAAAGUCCAUACUUUUUUAAGAUUAACGAAGAUGAAGGAAUUAUCUGUGUAUGCAGCGAGAAGGAAAAGAUCAUAGUAUACCAAAUAGCGUCAGUGCUUGACACACUUAAAAAGAAAGAUAUUCUAAGGAAAGAAAAAAAGAAAAGCAAUCCAAGAAAAUUCUAUGAACAGAAGAACAAAAAAAAGGUUCACAAAAAUAGUCUGACUUAAAAAAAAUUGUUCCUAAUAUUUUACUAGUGUAAACGUUGAAGGUUUGAGUUAGAAGGGCAUAGAUGAUAAAGCAAUGUACAGCAUGCAAAUAUUGUAUAUGUAAUCUGUGAAGGGAAAACAGUAUAUGUGUAUUAGAUUUGAAAGGUCCAUAAGUGUGUUCUUUUAUGAUCAGCAAAGAGGAUAUAAUUAGGGAUUUCAGUUGAAAUUUAAUUUUUGAAAAUAUCUUAAAUAACUGACACAUCAAAAACCUCGAGAAAUUCUUACCACAAGCUUGUAUAUUGUAUCAUGUCUUUUUGAAAUCAAACAUCAACAUCGAACAAUGUUAAACAACAUCAAACAAUAUGUUUCUAGUAUGUAUCAUGAAAUCUAAGGUGAUGCAUGUUUUAACAUAGUUAGGUAUUUACUGAAAGAUAGGUGUUGUGCCUUAAAUUAAAUUUACGGUUAUUAAUUCAUUUUUUCUGACGUUAUUUAUUGGGUUUUGUAAAUAUACAUUAUACGAAUAUUCAUAUUUAUUUUAUAAAAUCGAAUUGAUAUGUUAAAAAAAGAUGAUAAUACUGGACUUUACCAAAAAAAAUUAAUGACUUUGUCCAUAUUAUUUGGGCGCUUAAUGCUGUAUUGACAUGCUAUUUGAUUUUUAAGUAUGUUUCAUUGGUCACUAGGGUUGUCCAAACAGUGAAUAGUCGCGUUUUUUUGUUUAUUGUUAAUUGGCUGAUGUAUGCAGAUUGUACAAGGAAAUGUUUCUCAUAAAAGUUCAAAUCAAAUCAAAUUGUUUCUAAAGUAAAACAACAGUUUUGCUGUGUUAAAGGGGCGCGAAAAGUUCACACGGCGCAGUGUAUAAACUGUCCAAACUUAGUAAUUUAGGUGGUUUUAGAUAUGAAUAACUGCAGUUCUUAUAAAACAUGUCAAAACAUAAUUUUCACUGAUGAAGAAAUAGCAUUGUGUACUUUAUUUUCAUACGGCGUUUGUUUUUGAAUGAGCAGAGGAUUUUUAAAUGAUAAAACAAGGAAAUGUCUUUAAAACACCAGAGAGGACGACGUCCGCUGUCCGCACGGAACAGCUCGGCUUUAUAAAAUUCUGUCGACUUGGGUAAAACAUCGAUAAAAACGAAGCUCAAGACGAUAUCAAAUUAGAACACCAAAAUAUUCCGAGAUCAUAUAUCUACAGGUGCUUCAAACAAAUUUUCUGUUGAAAUGUGCAAUUUCAUCAUCUGACCAAACAGUAAAUGUUUCUGUUGUGUAUUUAAUCUCAAAUGCAAACAAAAGGCUAUGAUGAUAUAGAAACUUCAUUAUAACUCAACAUCAAACUGGGCCAAUUGGCAUGUAUAUGCAUUGUAUAUGGAAAGAUAACUCCAAAGUAAAAAGCUUCAUUGCAAUGAUUUUUAUACAUACAACACUAUUAAAUUCAUUUU